ACCUUGCUCGACAGUAAUCCACAGCUCUCUGGACUGUGGCACUUUUUGGUUUCGCCUUCUCUUCCUAGCUGUUUGAUAUUAAAGAUAAUUUGUAUGUUGUGCCUUUUCAUACGUGUUCAUAAACUAACUAGUUGAUGAUAGCUGUUCUUUCCGGCUAACUUGCUGUUACCGGUAACAACGGUACGCUCAGCCUGCUAGCCAGCUAACGCUAGCUCAAGCUUUGUCUCCACAAACAAGUUAGCUAGCAGGCGGGGCUGCUUUGGGGUUGCUAACACCGGCUUGUACAAUUUUAUUUAAUUUAUUUUUUUGCCUGACAAGAGUUAAGAAAACCAAGAUAGGAGGCUUGGGAACUAAGAUGUCAAACCGAGUGGUGUGCAGGGAGGCAAGUCACGCCGGGAGCUGGUACUCUGCGUCAGGAUCCCAGUUGAAUGCACAACUAGAGGGCUGGUUGUCCCAAGCACAAUCCACAAUCAGACCUGCUAGAGCCAUCAUAGCACCGCAUGCUGGUUAUACUUAUUGUGGUGCUUGUGCAGCACAUGCCUACAAGCAGGUUGACCCCUCUAUUACUCGUAGGGUGUUCAUCCUGGGACCUUCACACCAUGUGCCCCUCUCCCGCUGUGCCCUGUCACCUGCAGAGAUCUACAGAACACCCCUUUAUGACCUGAGAAUCGACCAGAAGGUUUAUGCUGACCUCUGGAAAACUGGGAUGUUUGAGAGGAUGAGUCUGCAGACAGAUGAAGAUGAGCACAGUAUUGAGAUGCACUUGCCUUACACUGCUAAAGCCAUGGAGAGCCACAAAGAUGAGUUUAGUAUUGUCCCUGUGCUCGUGGGUGCCCUGAGUGAGUCUAAGGAACAAGAAUAUGGUAAACUGCUCAGCAAAUACCUAGCAGACCCAUCCAAUCUUUUCGUCAUCUCAUCUGAUUUCUGCCACUGGGGUCAACGGUUCCGCUACACAUACUACGAUGAAUCUCAAGGGGAGAUCUAUAGAUCUAUUGAGCACCUUGAUAAAAUGGGGAUGGGCAUUAUAGAGCAACUGGAGCCCAUAUCUUUCACCAACUAUCUAAAGAAAUACCAUAACACCAUUUGUGGCCGUCAUCCGAUUGGAGUGCUGCUAAACGCUGUGGCUGAGCUAAGGAAGGCUGGCUUAGAAAUGAACUUUUCUUUUCUGAACUACGCCCAAUCAAGUGAGUGCAGGAACUGGCACGACAGCUCUGUGAGUUACGCUGCCGGAGCACUCAUCGUUCAUUGAGGUCAAUUUUCGCCAGGGCUGCUGCAGCGCCACCACCCUGCUCUUACUAUCUAUCACCAUAACCUGACCCUGAUCCCUGUCACCGCACCAGAGUUACUCCCACUAGUCGCAGGAAGGACUUUGACACUUGAAGCCAAUACAGUAACCUUUCUCCAGCUCUGCUGCCUUUUUUCCUCCCUUCCCAGCUCUCCACUCAGUUUGAAGUGUGUUCCAGAGCUUUCGAUUGAAACGUUUUGUUUGAAGUGCAGUUUACAGAUUACGUUAAAACAGUGAAAAAAGAUGGAAGCAGUGUGUAUUAUUUUGGCUUGGAGUACAUGUGGGGGAGCAUCUUGUUUGGGUUAUUAUAGGAUUGUAGUCCUUUUAGUCCCACCCAAGUUUUAUUUAUUUAUUUAUUCCCUGACACCCUCACGCCCUAAAGACCUUGGCUACGAGUUGUAACAAUACAAUCUUAUAUUUGGAGUCGUGGCAAUCUGUGCUCUUGCAAUUUGCCUCAGAAAAGGAUUGAAAAUAAAACUGCAGCUCUGAAUGGUUUCCGACAUGUUUACAUGUUGCCAGAUGAAUCUGGAUUGCUUCAAGAUACAUCCAACUUCAGUUUUGAGAACUUUCAUAGGUAGCUGCCACCACUGCUCAACAUAUGUUGUAGUUGCUAACAAAGGGCUGCACCCAACAAAGUUAACUAACCCCUACUGUUCAAAACCAAAAACAUGAUUACUCUCAUAUUAGUCUAUUUAAGUGUAUCCUUUAUUCAUAUUUUAUUCCCUUUAUUUUUUUUUUUUGUAGUUUUAUUAGACAUGGUUGUAUUUACUCAAAUAUUGUGUAUAUUUGAGCAAAAGCAGUGUCGUCAUUCAUGCUCUGAAGCCAUCAACCUAGUUUAUCCAAUAAAUUAGUGUGAGUAGCAUCAA